AUGGAGAAAUUAACUACGGCGGCGUGGGUAAUCAUGGCGUUGAGUAUACACGCAGUUCCGGCGACGUCAUUCUACAGCACGGAGGAGUACGCCCCCGUCGCCGUCAAGGAGAAGAUGACCAAAAUCCGCGUCUACAUUCACGACACCCUAAGCACCAAAAUGGGAAGUCGGCCGACCGCCGUCGAGAUUGCUCGGCCGAACAACACCGGAAAGGAGGAAGGUCCGACGCCGUUCGGGAGCCUGUUCGCGGUGGACGAUCCUCUGACGGACGGUCCCGAUCUGAAGAAAUCGAAAAUGGUGGGGGAUGCCAAGGGGAUGUAUCUGUCGUCGAGCCUGCCGGAGAAGAAGGAGUUCACUCUGGUUCUGUAUCUGAGCCUCCGUUUUAAGGAGGGAGAAUUCAACGGCAGCACUGUCAACGUGUUCUCGAGGAAUACGGUGACGGAGAAGUCGAGGGAGAUGUCGAUCGUCGGCGGGACGGGGAAGUUCAGAUACGGCCGGGGGUUUGUUAGCGUCACCACUGCAAGCUUCGAUCCCGUCACCGGCGAUGCAGUUCUUCAGUACGACGUCAAUGUUGUUCAUCACUAA